AUGUGGCCCAUAUUGGGACCUAUUAUAUCUAAUCAGGCACUUCGAUCAGCAAAUAUGAAUAAACAAAUUCAGGAAGAUCGAAUGGUACAAAAACUAAAUGAAGUCAAUUUAAAAAUAAAUCCAUCAAAACCAGUUAAAAUCGUUUCAAAUAUUCGAUAUAUCGAUCCAAUGUCAUCAACAUGUCUUAUAUUAUAUAGUCUAAUCCUUUUAUUAUUUUGUGCAUUACCAAUCUUAGCACUAAAUAUUUAUUUACGACAAGCUUUCACUACUUUUCAUCAAGCAAAUCAAUUACAAGUUGAUAAUUAA